AGUUAGUCAGACCAUCACUUCACGUUCUAGCAAAUACGCGAUACAGCCGUCAUCAGCUCCAGCUUUUCCACCAUCUACUCAUCCCACACCGUCUUUGAGUAAGAAAGACUCGUGCCAUCUCAAGUCGUUGUGCAGAUCAGUAGAUGCUAGUACCUCUGUGCGUUCUGUCAGUACUGUGGGUCUGACCCAUCUACUCUACUCAACCGCUUGGCAGAUCGUACAAAUAAUUUUUCAUGAUUCUUGAACCUGGGCCCCUCUGUAUCUGCGUUUGCAACUUCUCGGCCGAGGGGAGGUCGAGAGAUUUCGUUCCUUGAGGAUCAAGUCAACUUUUCGUCUGCACAGACAUGUUCGAGCAUUCGAAAGGGUUCGAUAGUAGGAUAUAGUUCUGCAAGCAGCUCACAUCGAGAAACCACUCUGACCAGGCCUUAUCCAGCUUCCAGGCUCGAUGCGUGCACAUAUUACAUUGUCUUUAAGAAUUCUGAGCAGCGCUAGCCGCAGUCUUAUCUUCUGGGCAAAAAUAGCGUGAAAAGCUCCAGUUCUUUUUUUAUCUCAAAUGGCUGAGCAGACGGCGACUGGCACUGCUGAGAAAGGUGGUGAACGUUUUAGCUAUACCGAUGGAUCGAUACAUCCACUCAAUCGUCCUCAGCCGAAACCGUUGAAGCAUGGCCUGAGCUUCUUUCUUCGCGUGCUCACCCUCGGUGCCAGCCUAGCUGCUUUGAUUGUGACAGUCACGAACAAACAAGACGUAGUGGAGCCAUUUUUUGGCGGCCCAUUCGGAUUCGAAAUUUCAGCCGACUUUAAGUACAUGAGUGCUUUUGUCUGGUUCGCUAUAGCGACCGCCAUCGUUUUUGUUUACUCGCUAUUGGCCAUAAUAGGCGAAGCCUGCAGUCUCUCGAAGAGCACUCAUUCAACUUAUCUUUUAUGGGUAACCUUUCUUUUGGACCUGACAAUGAUGAGCAUAAUGAUGUCAGCUUGUGCCGCAGCUCUGACAGUAGAUUUGCUUGGACAGAGAGGGAACUCACAUGCUCAAUGGGGUGCCUUCUGUCAUAAGUUCGAUAGCUUCUGUAAUCAUGUUACUGGAGCUUUGGUUGCGGGCGCAGUUGCAUUUGCAGGGCUUGCUGAGCUCUGCAUCCUAGAUGCUUACCAUCUCUCUACUCAGUACACACGUUACUAGCUUUUAUAGUUUACUCUGAUUGGUUCCGAAACUGAGUUCAGUAUUUGCAUAGUCAGCAUUUCGACAACGUUAGGUCUUUUGUAAUAUAAUAGUUUCUCAAUUUUGACGACUCUCUGUAUCCACUCAAAUGUAACACUAGAUUCUCCGCAUGCACAGAUGAAAUCUGGUUGCUUCUAUUCAGAAAUCAGACCAGAAUAUUAUUGCAAGGGACAAUUUCAUGUCAUGCAUGAAAGUUUGAUUCGCAUUGUAUAAUCUUUUACAUAGAGGAUCAAGAAUAAAGUCUUCGACAUUUUGUAGACCC